UAUAUAUGAAAGAGCUGUGGUACAUACUAGAGCAGUGGUGGCGAACCUAUGGCACGCGUGCCACAGAUGGCACGCCAAGCCCCCUCUGUGGGCACGUGGCCAUAGUUCGCCAGGGACACAAGGAUGUCCCGGUUACUUUUCUGUGGCCCUGCGUUAACUUUAAAAACACAGGGGCCGCCGGGAGGUAGCGCAUGCAGGGACGUCACUGAUUGAAGGCUGUAUAUCUGUGGGGGAGCUAUACUGCACCUAAUGUGGAGGGAGCUGCCACACUAGUAUGUGGGGAACUGCCACCCUAGUGUGGGGGGAACUGCCACCCUAAUGUGGGGGGGGGGGGGAACUGCCACCCUAAUGUGGGGGGAACUGUCACCCUAAUGUGGGUGAACUGCCACCCUAAUGUGGGGGGGAACUGCCACCCUAAUGUGGGGGGAACUACCACCCUAAUGUGGGUGGAACUGCCACCCUAAUGUGGGGGAACAUACUGUCUACCUAAUGUGGGCGAGCAUACUGCCUACCUAAUGUGUGGGAACUACAACCUAAUGUGGGGAAACUACGACCUAAUGUGGGGGAACAUACUGCCUACCUAAGUAGUUUUUUCUAAACUUAAACCUAAUUUAAUUGCUGUGCUGACACUUUAAGGGAAAAAAAGUUGGCGUGCAUUACGGUUUGGGCACUUGGGCUCAAAAAGGUUCGCCAUCACUGUACUAGAGGCAUCCAGGUGGAGCCAUAUGUCAGAGAAUGUAAUAUAGUACAAUAUAAUAUAGAGCAUAUAAUAUAUUAUAAUACAAUAUAGAGAAUAUAAUAUAGUAUUGAAUAAAACAUUACAAUAUUUUUUUUUGUAAACCUUGUGCAGUGUAGGAGGGCCCUAUAGAAAUCUAUGGUGGUCUUCUAUGCUUAUAUGUUAAAUGGAGCCAUAUUAUGGCACUGCUCAUAAGGAUUAGAAUCAAAGUUAUACUAAAUCUGGUAAAGUGUAUACAUAGAUGAUAAAGCUGAAAAGUCUGUCUGUUAAGUCUUGUUCCCAAUUUCUAUAUUCCAUUUAUGCAGUUGUUUUCCGUAAGGUUUAGCUUGGCUUAUUUAUGGCAGUGAUAAACAUGCUUAGAACUGGGAUCUAUUUCAUCCAGGAAGACUUUAAGAGUUGAUUGUUUAUUUUCCCCCCUUACUCCUGAAUCUCUUCAUUUGGGAUGAACUUUUUACCUCCGGCAGCUGCUACUUGUGGACACUGAUAAGAUAUCCAGUAGAUAGGCCCCUGGUCUGUAUCCUUUCCUUCUAUAACUAUUGCUGGGGAUGAAAUUCAUGCAUGCAAUAAGAAGCCGAAGGGGGAGGGAAGCUCCUGACUUUUGAGUGCCAGAUUCCAUUUUCCAACUUUACAAGGGCCUUCAUCUCCAUUGUAAUGCAAAUCCAGUUCUCUGGACUGGCAGCCAAUCCGGGCCAGCCUCCUUGUGGGAUUACCUGGUUGUGGUAGAGUGAUGUGGAGGAGAGGGGGGAGGAGGAGAAAAUCAUUCACUUGUGACAAAGUGCUGCCUCUUAUUGCCUUGCAGUCUCAAUGUUGGAAAAGAGAAAGUCCUGUCCACAGGUUCCUGAGAGAGAUGCAUGCUCUGAGCUCUUGUAAGCUCCUUUCUGCUUGUCCAUGUUGGAUGAUACAUUGGAUCGGAGGCUCCUGCCGUGUGUUUGUUAUAUUCUAUGUACAAAAAGAGCUGCCUGUGGACUUUUACUACCAAUAAGUCUGUUUCUCUGCUGUCAUAUAGCUUGGAGGCUGCUUCUCCUGCCUUGUCUGGCUUUCCCGCAGUCAUUGCGAGUCCAAGACACCUUCAAAUUUUCACCCAUGGGACACUGUGUAAAAAUGAGGUUUAUUCGUUGAAAAGACUGAAUGUUCUGACCCUUGCUUGGAAACAAUAGAAAGACCAUCAUCCAUCAGCUUUGGAGUAUGCCCAGGAGACAGACUUAAGUUGGGGCUCAGAAACAGGCAAAGCGUGUCUAUUCCUCGUCCCCAUUCCUGGCACUCAUCCAAGUUACUGGAGAACCAACCGAAUCCCAGCAUGAUGCAAAUAUCUCAGGGGACGAUAGGAUCUCCAUGGCACCAGGCUUACCACUCAAGUUCAUCUGCAAGUGAUCUCUCCAACUACGAACAUGGGUACUUAAGACGGAGCCCUGACCACUACAGCUCAAGGGGUAGCAUGGAAAGCCUGGAGCACACUUCAUCUGCAUAUCCUUGUCAUCUUUCUCCAGCCAAGUCUACCAACUCCAUAGAUCAGCUUAGUCAUCUGCACACCAAAAGAGACUCUGCAUACAGUUCGUUCUCCACCAAUUCCAGUAUUCCAGAAUACCAUCCCAUUAUGUUCUGCAAGGAGAGAUCUUACUCUAUGGAAAGUAUGCUUUCUCGAGGAAACUUGCAAGAUGGAAUAAAGCAUGCAGAUAUAAGGUAUAUAAAGACAGUCUAUGAUUCUCAACGUGGAGUGUCAGAAGAGUAUGAGGUCAAUUCUUCACUUGUCAAACAGCGAGCCAGAUUUUCAAGUGGGUGCUCUAAGAACAGUGGUGGUCCAGUUGGUAGGUUUGACCACAACAGAUUUUUGUCUGAGGGGGAUAUAACUGAAAAGGGCCCUCCUAUGCCACCUGCUCGGAGAGACAGCUAUGCAGUAACAAAACAUCAUGAACGACCAAGUUCUUGGUCUAGCAUGGACCAGCAUAAGUCUUUUCGAACACAUUCCAAAGGACCAGGAUUAACUAUGGCUUGCAGCACAAGUCAACAGCAAAAGCCAAUGUAUGGGGAAGGACAAUUACAUACAGUGAUGGAAAAGAGUCCAGAGUGUAGCCCUUUAAUGAAACCUAAGCAAACGUAUUCACAUAUUCCUCAGCCUGGACAACCUAUGCUUCCUACAGGAAUAUAUCCUGUUCCUUCUCCUGAACCACAUUUUGCACAUGCCCCACAACCACUUAAGACUAAUAAUGGAAGACUUUACCCAGCACUAGCCAAAGAAGGGGCAUCCUCUGGCGGUAAAGGAAUUUCUUAUUCACAUUCGGAAAGCAAUGUAAAAACUAAUCAAAACGUCCACAACAGUUCUACUUUGUCAACAGACCAGUCCAACAGAAUUGAUAAAAAAGUUGAAGAUGUUGCUCAGUACAAACUCCAUUUUUCAGUUAGUCCUGAACAUCAGACUGGUUCUCCACAAAGCAUCGAAAAUAAAAUGUCACCUUCAAGAUUAAAUCAAUCAUCCAUUAAAAGUGAUCACCUACUGAAAACUGAUUGUAGAAAAAAUGCACAGGAGCUUAGUAAUACUGAAAAAAGGAGACAUUCUGGCCCUGCCUUCCAGAACCAGUGGAGCGACAGCCAAAAUAAGUCAGAGGUGUUCUGUGCUGCUACAAGUAUCGACUCAUGCAGAACAAAUAACAGCACUGAUACAAACAAAGAUAAAGAAUAUGGACUCUUAUACAGUACAGGAUCUUCAUUGGAUAGUCAACUGGAUGAAAGACAUUCUCCACUUAUGUCUCCCUAUAAAAGUAAAUUAGAAAGCAGAAGUUUUACAAAGCACCUUGAAGAUGUUGACUGCUCAGUAAUGUCCCAUACCAGCCCCCACCAAUGCAAUGAACCUUCAUCUCCUUCUCAAAAGAAUUCAUUUGAUUAUACAAGAAGAAGACUACAUUCAAGUAGCAACGAAAGUGGCAAUAACUUAAUACAUGGUCGGACAGAUGUUAAACAACGAGCUUCAGUUUUAGAAAAAAUUAGCAAAAUUGAACAACGAGAACAUGAAACCCAAAAACCUCAGGCUUCGUUUGGAAGUGUAUAUGGCCAGCAAUCUGCACAAAAUCUAAGAGGAACAAGCAACAGAGCAUCUGUGAACAGCAAUGAAGACAUAAAGAGUAAGUUUCAUUCACAGGAUCAUGUCCCCGGAGUAGACUCCCGUAGAUCUUCAAGUUCCCAAGUUAAUGAUAAGGUUACUGGGACUCAGCAGUUGAAAAGAGCCGUAAGUUUCCACAGUGCAAAAUUAGGGGAUGCUCAGAAAACAACACUAGAGAGUCAAGCAGACAAAAUUCAGGAGACUAAUAACGAGCAGUGUGUUUUGCAAGCCUUGCCAGACAGUGAUAAAAGAACAGUGGAGUCUCAAACAAUGCCAAAUAAAGAAGACCACUGGCAGAUUGCUUCACAGGACACUCUCGGUUUUAACAGGGCUUACAGGAACAGUAUCAAAGAUGCACAGUCCAAAGUCCUAGAAGCAACAUCUUAUAGGAGGAAAGAUUUAGAAAUUAGCCCACCACAAUACAAGAAGCAAGAGAGAAGUGUGAAGAGACCUUCUUCAGCCGUUGUGUACAGUAAGUCCCCUGCAUCCCCACAUGCCCCAAAAGAAAGACACAGCAUUACACCCACAGACAACUUUUUGAAGAAUCAAGAAUCUCAAAGCCAAGAAGGAACAGGUGCACCACACCAAGUAGCUCGAAUUGGGGCAAGAAGGCGUUUGACUACAGAGCAGAAAAAACGUUCCUAUUCAGAGCCAGAAAAGAUGAAUGAGGUUGGAGCAUCCGACAAUGAGUUAUCAAAUACAAGCAUUCAAAAAAGGGGACAAAAUAUCAGCUUCUUGGAACAAUCAGUGGCAGACAGACGUAGAAUGUUUGAGAGGGAUGGCAAAGCCUGUUCAACUGUUAACCUGUCCAAACCAGAGCUUAAGCAACUUCAGCAAAAUGCUCUUGCAGACUAUAUACAGCGUAAAACUGGUCGGAGGCCCUCAUCCCAAGAACCUGGACUCUUAAAAGAAAGGUCACAGAGUACCUACUUUUCAGGGAGCUUAAUGGACAAUCAGAGUGUCUCCUCUACAUCUAGUAUGAAUUCCCUUCAAGAGCAAAAUAUAUUUCGAACUAGGGAUUCAAAUCUUUCUAAAACAGGACGUGUAUCCUCAACUCUUCCCCCUGGUCUUACAGGAUUGUUUGACUUUGCAAGCUUGGAGAAAAGUGACUUUCCAGAGAGCAGGGGUCGCACCAGUUCUUUUGUCCAGCAACGACUUUGGAUGGAAAGUAGAUCCAAAAAUGAGCUAAAAGAUGUCCUACCAAGAGAAGUGACAUCUUCGAAACCAACGGAAUUAUUAGAGCUUUCAAAACAUCGUAAGUCUGAUAGAACAACAUCAGCUGAAGAUUUGGUUCAAAAUUUGGCCCAGAAUGCUUCCCUACAUGUGAGAUCAAGGUCCUCUCCUGCUGAUGAAAACAGAAGCCAGGAUUUUAGUGUGAAACACGAGGUGUCUGUCAAGAGCAUGUCAUAUGUAUCAACUGGUACAGGACUUCGGCCCCCUAAAGGCAAAACUGAAGAUGCUUCAGAAAAGGUAGCACACGAGCCAGCAUUCAGUUCUUACACCACCCACCAUACUAGCCCUGGAGGAGAGAAACAGACCCAUCCAUCAUCCCGCACCAUACAAAUGGGGAUUCAGAGACACACCAGAGCCCAAAGCCUCACUCCAGCCUCUACAGUACACAAUCAUCUACAUAGUGGAAGGCAGAACACCAUAACUUCUUUGAGCCAUCCAAACCCAUCCAAAAUUACACAAUUUUCUUCUAGUCUUAAGUCAAAAGACUUUCUUGCAAUUGAAGGCAAUUUAUGUCCUCCUAAAAAUACUGAUAUGUCUUUAGACAAAGAAAAGAAUAAAACAUCUAUGGAUUUAAGUUCACAUUCUGAUAAUUUAGUAAAUACCAACUAUGAAAAAACAAAGUCUUUUCCACCACAGAGACCACCAAUUCUGAAAAUUCAAUGUAUGGAUUUGGGAAAAGAAGAGAACUUACCUCACACUAAUACUCCAUGCCCUGUAGCUGAGAAUAGUUCUUCUAUUGGAAGGCAAAUGAAUACAAUGUGGAGCACAAGCUCAUCAGAGCCAGAGACCCCUUCCAACAAUGGAAAAGUAUCUCUCCGUAUAUCUGAGUCUUGUCUCCAGUUAUCCUCUCCUGUGGUUGUUCAUGAUGAAGAGGAUGAUGAAGUGUUUGUCAAGGAGAAAGAUACAUUUCCUGAAAGUCCAUUCAUUACUCCAUCUCCAUCUCCACCACCUUCUCUGAAAGAUGCAUCUCUUAAGGAAAGUCAAGAGAAAAUACAACAUGUUCCUUCUGCCCCCCUAAGGAAGAACUUAAAUGAAAAGUAUCCUAUCCUAGUAGACAAUACAGAAAAUAAAGACAAGGAAGACAGAACUUUACAUCCAUUAACCUUUAGUUUACCUGUGAAUAAUUCUGAACUUGCUCAGACUCAAAUACCUCAGUUUUCAACAAGCUCCAUAGGAUGGAGUUCCAGCUCUUUACAUUAUCCCCCAACUCAGGAUGAGGCAACCUCCUCCACAGCACUUGAAAUUUCUGACCAGAAAACCUCUACCUUUGAAAGCAUCUUAAGUCAGGCCAGCACAAAUGUGAUGACUCCUGAAGAUGUGAAAUCUCAGGAGUUGGCCAAGGAGAUUGUAAGCAAGGACAAAUCUCUAGCAGACAUUUUAGAUCCAGAGCUCAAGAUGAAGACCACUAUGGAUUUAAUGGGUGACCUGUUCAUGAAAAGCACCUGCACACUAAGGGAAAAUAAUAGAAGGUGGCUCAAAGAGAGGAUGGUUCCAGACAAUGUUCUUGCAGCAGAAAAUGAAAUGACAGACAAUAAGAAGAUUCCUGCAGAGAAUGGAAUCAGGUCAUCUGUGUUCUAUUCAAUGUCUGCUACCAAAGCGGAGCUUCUACAGAGACUCACAGACAUACACGCAGAAGGAGCACGAGGAGUGGAGCAUCUUGAUGUCAAUGAAAAGAAGGCUGAAUUAAUUGCCAGCCUUAACCAUAAACUUGAGAUUCUGAAGCAUGCCAAAGAAAGUCUUCUGGUUGACAUAAAGCUCAACAACAGCCUCGGAGAAGAGGUGGAGGUCCUGAUAGAAAAUCUCUGCAAGCCCAAUGAGUUUGACAAGUAUAAGAUGUUCAUUGGUGAUCUGGACAAAGUGGUGAAUCUUCUACUGUCUCUCUCAGGACGAUUGGCCAAGGUGGAAAAUGUUCUCAGCACAUUAGGAGAAGAUGUCAGUGCUGAAGAACGGAAUACCUGGACUGAAAAGAAAAAGCAGCUCUGCGGACAGCAUGAAGAUGCUCGAGAACUUAAGGAGAACUUGGAUCGUCGCGAGAAAUUGGUAACAGACAUCUUAGGGAACUACCUCACCAACGAACAAUUUCAGGACUACCAGCAUUUUGUGAAAAUGAAAUCCGCCCUUCUUAUUGAACACAGAGAGUUGGAUGAUAAGAUUAAACUUGGUCAGGAGCAACUAAACUGCCUGUUAGAAAGCCUACCUACAGAUUUCCUAGCCAGCAGAAAAGUGCCUUCAGCAUCUACGGGGAGCAUAAAAAUGCUUCCACCACUGAUCACGUCUCUUUAAUGGUACCAUGAAAAUCAGACAUAAGACUUCAGUAGGUAAAGGUAUUCUAGAAAUGGUGUUAGAGUACUAUACAGGUACCAACUCUACAUUUUACUCCUAAAAUACAGAGUAAGAAAACUUUUGAUGUCAUUGGAGUUAAGGACGUACCACACUUAGUGCUUUGUUUCAGUGCCUCAACCUUAUCUUACAAGAGAUAGGCCCUAUUGGGAAUAAUGACCUUCUAUAAGCCACUAAUGGAUGGAACAGGAAGACAAUAAAUUACUCCAAAAUAACUACUCUUCCAACAUCUGACAAAUGCCUUAAAGACUCUGCCUUCAAAUUAUUGCUAUUUAUAAAAUUCAUUUUCUAAGUGAAUAAUGUAAGUUUUGUAUAUAUGCUAACCUGUAUUCUGCUGUAGAAGAUUCUUUUUUUGUAUGUUGUAAAGAAAUGUAACUACAUCUGAUGUCCCAUGUAAGAUUACAUAUUUUAUUGAUUGUUCCUGUUUACAUCUGGUCACUUGUUUAAAGGGGUGCUCCGCCCCUAGACAUCUUAUCCCCUAUCCAAAGGAUAGGGGAUAGGAUGUAAGAUCGCCGGAGUCCCGCCGCUGGGGACCCCCGCAAUAUAGCAAGCAACACCCACCUGUAACUGCUUCCAGAAGCGCUGGAGGCUCUCAGGCUAAUUCCUCCAAACCACGGGGACGGAAGAACGUGACGUCACUACUCCGCCCCUGUGUGGUGUCACGCCCCGCCCCCUCAAUGCAAGUCUAUGGGAGGGGGCGUAACGUGGUGGGACUCCGGCGAUCUUACAUCUUAUCCCCUAUCCUUUGGAUAGGGGAUAAGAUGUAUAGGGGCGGAGUACCCCUUUAAGAUUGGUAAAAUUGUUAUCUGGAAAAUGAAUUUGGGAAGAACUUCUGGCUGAAACACUAUAGUGAAUUUAGCCAAACCUUUGCAAAGAGUGUGCCAACAAAAAGCCUUGUUUUUAUGUUGCUGUGACACAUGCCAGGCUCACUGUAUUAUUAAGUGCCUAAAACACAUUGGGGGAGAUUCUCAAAAACUACUGUUAAAAAAUUUCUGUUAUAGCGAUAUUAUUCACACCUUUUUUUUGCAGCCAUAUUACAUUUUUUUGCGCCAACAUUGCUGAGUUUGGUGCCAAAAUUGCAGAUUUUUACGGCAAAUUUUACAUCCCAGAAAAUUCUGGCAGAAACAUCUCACGAAAUAUUCCAUGGUUAUUAGUGCCCAGAUAAGCGAUAACUGUAUAAAUAAAACAUUUCUGACCUUAAAUGUGAGUGCAGUGACCAAGAAAAUAUAUAUAUAUAUUUAUUAAAUAACAUUUUUCAAUAAUAAUAAUAAUUUUGUUUUUUUUUAUAAUUACUUCAAUUACACCUUUUCCCCUAAAAACAAAGAAAGAAAAAAAAAACAAUAAAACUACAACUAUUUCUGUGAUUUCUACACCAUCAAAAGCCGGUGUGAAAUUUUGAUGUAAACUGGACUCUCACCCCUUUUAAAAUAUCAUGUAAAGCAGAUAAUAUACGUGGACACGCCCACUUUUACAAAACUGACGUGAACAGUGUAAACCACGGCACAAAGCUCUUUGAAAAUGUGGUCGAUACUUUUCGUGCUAAAAUUUUGGCGCAAAAUAGAUUUUUUUUUGGCUCAAAAUUUGUUGAGAAUCUCCCCCAUUGUUUGCUGGCAAUAAAAGGUCAGGUCCAAAUGUGGAGGAUUUUUGGUGGGCUUCCAAACUUCAUGCACCUGUAUUGAAGAACUUCUGCCUGGAAAUCAGAGCAUGUUGCUGGAUUUAAAACCUGCAGCAUUCUCAUUCUGUUGCACAAAUAUCUGCAGAUUUUCAUUUCUAAAUGAAAGGGGUAUUCUGAAAACAGGUAAGAAAAUAUGAAAAUACAGAAAUGCUGCAGAAAUAUAAAGCAUUUCUUACCUGUCUCCUCCAGUAAUUAAAUCACCAAAAAUCUAUUUUUUUUUAAGUCUUAGUCCUGUAUUUCUUGGUUCUACUUCCUGGUUGGGCAGUAGCUCAGCAAUACAAUUGCUUUCCCACAGCUCGUCAUCAUAGUCCAACCCUGCUUACUCCCCACAGCAAUGCUGCCAGCGUCCUUCCCAGAGCUGUUCACACAAUACUAUCACACAAUCAGAGAGUUUGCAGCACCUGCUAUGCACUUCUUGUCUGCUCUUCUGCCUAUGACAUUGUUCAGCACAAGGAAACAUAACUCAUUCUCCCUAUAUGUCUUAAGAAAGGUAUUUAUGUAUGUAUAUGUGUAUGUGACAUAGAGAUAGUGAUGUAGGCUGUAGGGGCUGAUCAGAGGUAAUGACACCACUCAGGGGUGGGGCUUGAGCUUAGAUACGAGAUCGAGCCACACCUCCUGAGGCAGCAGAGGAUGACUUGUUGUCUUGGGAGACAGAGUGGAGCCUGGGAGCUGGAGUCAAUACCAUAUUAAAAAUGAAUGAACUACACAACUUCCUGUUUGGGGUGAAUCACGCAAAAGCAUGCUGAAUUCAGUAUCACUACUGAUAACAGUAUAUUAGUAAAUUAUAUAUCUUAAGGUGAUUUUCUUAUUUAAAUGCCAUUUUCUGAUACCGGAAUACCCCUUUAACCCUUACAAUGUAUAGGGGUAAAAUCUGCAGUGAAUUUGUAGCACAGUGCGGAAUCUCCGUAGAUUGAUUGUUUGGACCGGACCUAAGGGUUACUGCUCUGCUUAUGUAAGACAUGUCCUUUUAAAGGAAGCACUUCGCCCAGAAAGACAUAAUAUAUGUCACUCCUGUGUUGUCCACAGAGUCAAUUUGCUCUUGUUUUCUAUACACAAACACAAUAACUUCACCAUAUAUGAACUUUGAUUUCAAGGAUUAAAAACACAA